CACAUACCCUAACGGUAUAAACCCAGCAAGUGACUAGUGAGUGAUCUUCGCAUCUUCUUCAACGGUCUCACUAUCACUGUCCCAUUAUCCCAAACUUUCAUUGACUCACUCAAAAUACUACUUACAUCUCAGUUUCCGUUUUGUUUCAUUCUAUGCUCGCUCUUUUUUUUUUUUUUCUCACUCUCUGCGUUUUCAUCAUAGGGUUUAGGGUUUUGCUUCAUAUUUCUCUAAAACCAUUAUUCUAGCAAUUUCCGAUUCAAUCAACAAUCACCAAUGCCAGAAAAAAACUCCAACAAAGUUCCGUUCUCAGAAAACGAUAUUGCUACUCUCGUACAACGGUAUGACGCAACGAUAUUGUUGACGUUGCUUCAGGAAAUAGCACAUUACCAUGACACGAAGAAGUUUGAUUGGAAUGAAUUGGUGAAGAAAACAUCCACCGGAAUUUCUAAUCCCAGAGAAUAUCAGAUGUUAUGGCGCUACUUAGCGUAUCAUGAUUCCUUGAAUCAAAUUUUUGAAGAAGCUGAUCAACCUGUGGAUGAUGAUAGUGACCUAGACUGCGAGCCAGAAUCAUUAGCUUCUGUAAGUGUGGAGUCUGCAUCAGAGUCCUCAGCUUGUGUGAAGGUCAUGAUUGCUUCCCGUACUCUAAGUGAAUCUACCCCUAGUAGCUCAACAAUUGAGGCUCCAUUGACUGUAUAUCUUCCAGUUUGUUGUUCAUCUAGAACUCCUAAGGAAAAUUCACAGCCAUCUGAUUUGAUGGGACAGGCAAGCAUUAGUUUCCCAGUUACCGUUCAUAGACAGACACUGCCAACUGUAUCAUCAACUGAUGCUUUAGAAACCAAGGGAUUAGUUGGUGGUACCAUGGCUUCCAAAAGGAAAAGAAAAGCUUGGUCAGAGGAAGAGGACAAUCUGCUACGAGCUGCUGUUCAGCGAUUGGGUGAAGGGAAUUGGGCAACCAUGGCAAAAGGAGAUGACUUUCCUGUUAAGAGAAGUGCAACGCAAUUGGCUCAGAGGUGGAGCACUUUACGAAAGAAAGACUGCAGUACUAAUACAGGAACAAACGUGACCAACACACAGUAUACUACUGCUGAACAGUUGGCUACUCGUCACUCCUUAUCAUUAGCCCUUGACAUGCCAUUCAAAAAGUUAACUGCUCCUGGAAUGACUAAUCCUAAUCCUGGUAGGACAUCCACAUCAAUUAAAAAUCAAGUGCAGUCUCGUAAUGCUACAGAAGUUUCCACAGUUCGUAGUUCUGUUCCAGCUCAGCGUCCAUCUCAACAAGCUGUGUUGGGAUCAUGUGGUUCUCCUGCAAAAUCCAAACUAGCCUCUGAAAGUUCAGUCUCUAAGUGUAACACAAUUCCAGGUCCAUCUCAACAAGCUGUGUUGGGAUCCUGUGGUUCCCCUGCAAAAUUCAAAUUAGCCUCUGAAAAUCCAGUCUCUAAGUGUAAUGCGAUUUCAGGGCGUGAGUUAAAACCUGCCAUAGUUCAUUCUGGAGCACAAACUGUUUCACGACCAAAUACACUAACUGUUUCGCGACCAAAUGCACCAACUGUUUCGCGACCAAAUACUCUACCACAAUUUAAGGUUGCUCAAGCGAAAAAUGUGGUACAUCCUGUGCCUGCUGGUAGUUCUUUGACAAAGACACCCAUUUCUGCUGGUUUGCCUUCUGUCCAAAAGGAUAAACAUGUUACAUCUGUGCAAGAAGAGGUUAAAAGAGUUUCUGAUCUUGGCUCCACACCGAAAGAAAAGGUGAAAGAAGAGGAAACUUCUGCGUUGACUACUCAGAGCCAGGUAGAUAGCAAAUUGGAUAAGGCAAAGUUAGAAUUAGAUAAGGCCAAAAGCAUGCCCGGUGAGAAAAUUUUGGAAAAUAAAGUAGUAGUCUCACAAAAUCCAAGAGGGUGUGAAGAGCAAGGAAGUGUUCAGAAUUCAAAUUUGAUUCCUAAGAAGGCAGCCACCGAGAAUGGAAAUGACAAAGUCAAUAAGGAAAGUCAAGUUCAAAAUCAAGACAAGAAGACGAAUUCAAGUAAUGGAAGUUCUAACCAACAAAACAUGCAUCAGAAACAAGUACAUUUGCCAAAACAAGAUGAACGCCUUCAAGGUUUGGAACAGCCGAAAUAGUAAAAAUAGAAAUUGAAAAGUGGUAGUGGUGUCUAGUGUUUUUUCUUUUAAUAUAUAUAAGUGUCUAGUGAUUUUGGGUUAAUUUAUACUGUCAACAUUAAUAUUUUACAAUUUCUUUUUUUAUUUCUGGAUUGGUUUUUUGCAAAUUUUUAUAGUGAGUGGUAAAAUUACUUGUAUAAAAUGUCUUUUCGACAGUUAUCUAAA